UUCCCUUUGAAGAUGGCAGUAAUCAGUAAAGAAUUAUUUUACGAAAAAAUCAGUGAAAAUAUGAGUUGUUCGGUUUUUCACUAUUGGAACGAGAAAUGCUUCUGGGGUAUACCGACUUACUUUUUCUACGGUAAUCUAGCCAAAGGUACACUUACAUUCUUCUUUCCUAUAGCUUUGAUGAAAAUGUUUCUGGAUUACAGAAGGAAAAAGAAAAAUUUGCUCCGAAGAUUCGUAGAUUUUCAAGCGAGAAAUGCACUUUAUGCUAUUGCUCUAGGGACGUCAAUGUUUACCUCGAUAUGCCUUUGGCACAAAAUUUUCGGUCGAUUUUACUAUAACACCAUCUUAAUGUUACCAGCAUUUAUCUCUGCGCCAUCGUUGUUAGUUGUAAGGCCCGAAAAUCAAGUUUUAAAUACUUUAAUGUUUUUUAAUUCCUUUGUAGAAACAUUAUUAAUAAAAUCGAGAAUUUCACCCAAACAGCAAGUUUUUGGAUUCAUGCUCAUCAGUGGCAUCUUGAUGUAUCUGUUCGAAAAUCGAAGAAAAAAACUGGAUUUUACAUAUUUUUGGUUUUUUACACCGCAAUUACGAGUGCAACAAAGCGAAUCAUCCAAAAAAUGCUACCACGAAGAGCCGUGCGAAUCCUACUGGUAUAAUGGCAUCGUCAAUUACUUUCUAUUGGGCUACGGGAUAAAUGUGACUAAAGGGUUCCUAUCUAAAUUUAAAUUACUCACAAAACAUCCGGGUACACUCGUUGAUGUCGCAUUUAACAAAUCAAACUCGGACACCGGUCUUUUUCUGGGUGCUUAUGUGGGGAUUUACAGGAUUGUCGUUUGCUAUCUGUCGAAAUCGUUAAAAAUUAAUAAAAAAUGGUUGGGACUCAUUGCUGGAACUCUAGCAGGGUUUGCUUACAACAUUUCUCCCAAUUUGCAAUUUUUGAUUUUGGGAAUCACCACUAUUCUACAGAUUUUAUAUCACAUCAUUAGCACAAAAUUAGGAAUAACGAAUCAUUUCUACCAACGUAUAAUGAUAUACGGUAUUGCACACGCUUAUAAUUUCCACAAUAAAUUUUUAAAUUCCGAUAUUUGCUCGCCCUAUUACUCAAAAAUGGUUGAUGCAUGUGCAAAUAAUGUAACGAAAGAAAUGUACCAAAGGCUACUGAAGAGACUUUUUUGAAAACAGUGAAAGUUAUGAAAUUACAAAUUAUGUAGAUUAAAGAGUAGAUUACUGUCAACUUCAUUUUAUAUGUAUUGAAUAUUUUUCAUAAGGAAUAUAAAAUUAAAGUUUUCUUGAAAUUUAUAGAUUUCAGAAAUUCC